AUGGGGGGCGCAUUCACAUCUAGAAAACACAGAGUGUACUCUGUUUCAGACGCCUACACUACGGAAGACAUCAAGUACGAGUGGAAAGCGACGAACCCAGUGCAGCAAAAAGACGGGUUGCGUCAGUCACUGCCCAGUUUUGAACUGCAGGACGUUGUCACGAAGUAUUGCACCAGCAAGACCAAUACGGGCGAGUAUUCAUGUCUUCGUACUCAGAUGGUGCUACGUCGAGAGUUCAGCUAUUACCUGCUGCAGCUAUAUAUUCCUUCGUUUAUGCUUGUCAUUGUGUCAUGGGUGUCGUUCUGGCUCGACAAAGACUCGGUACCAGCACGAGUCACGCUAGGUAUGAUGUAUAACUGUCGUUCAGCUUGCAUAUACAUGCGAACAACUGCAGGUGAAAACUGA